AAAUGGAAAAUUGUGAGGCUUAUGUAGGCUUUGAUCUCUGUGAUACCCCACUCUCCAGUGUUGCUCAGAAGAUUAUGUCUGCUAUGCAUUCAGGUGAUUUAGUGGAGUCUGAGAAUUGGGGAGAGAGUGCAAAGACUGCAAAAGUGAUAAACAAAUCCAGUGUUGGGUAUUCAGUACUACUUGAAGAUGGGAAGAAUCAAUUACUAGAAAUAAAGAAUCCUAAUUCUUUGUCAAGCCAGACAUCAGGAGGGUCCAUCAUGCUGUCUUCUCAGUCCUCCACUGUGGGGCUCUCAGGGCAGCCAUCUGCUGACCAAAUGCGGAAGAGCACCAGCUCGCUGAUGGUUUCUGGCUGUGUAAUUCCACAGUGUGAUCAGGAGGUUUCAGUUUUACAGAAACUGGAGCAUAAGAGAAAGCAUUUCCUAAAGGCAAAUAUAAAUAAGGAAAAUAAGGAAAGCAUGCGUCUUAAAAGAAAACAUAUUGCAUGUAGUAAUUCAUCGGAUAAAACAAGUAAACACGUGGCAUUGGGAGAAGAUGCUGAUGAGGCUGGAACAUUUCUAAACUCUAGGCACUCAAGAGCAUUUAAAAACCAGUUUUGUGAUAUUCGGAAUUUGGAUGAUUUGGCCAAAAGCCAGUUGAUGGAAAUGCUAACGCAGGCAGCAGCCCUGGUAGUGACUCUGAUAUAUAAAGAUGGCUCCACCCAGCUAAGAGCUAACCAGGCUACAACUUCCUCUGUUAAAGGAAUUGUGAUGUUACUCAAGAGCCGUAUGGAAGACAGCAGUGACCCUCUGGACCCAGCCUGUGGCGGUGCUCCAGAGGAGGUCUGCGUGUCCCCAGAUAGGUGUGUCUACAUACAAACAGAACAGUCCUCUUCCUGUGGCCCAGAACAAGAAGCCCACAGUCUAUUUGCCAGGAACAUACUGUUUCAGACUCUGAGAUGCAAAUGCCCUGUUGUCUGUUUCAAUGCUAAGGACUUUGUGAGAACAGUGUUGCAGUUCUUUGGUGAUGGUGGCAGUUGGAAGCAUGUUGCUGGUUUUGUAGGGCUAGACCCUAGAAUUGCUGCAUGGCUCAUAGAUCCCAGUGAUGCUGCACCUUCUUUUGAGGACUUAGUAGCAAAGCACCUUGAAAAGUCUAUCAUAGUCAAAGUGAGCAGCAUGUGCAGAAACUCCUCAACAAGUAUGAAUUGGAAUAUACAGGUGAACCUGAGGAUACUCUACAGACUCACGAUGGGACUUUGCUCCAAGUUGAAGGCUUAUGGUUUAUGGCAACUAUUUUGUACUUUGGAGCUUCCUUUGAUACCAAUUUUGGCAGUGAUGGAAAACCACAGGAUUCAGGUGAACAAAGCAGAAAUGGAGAAGACAUCAGCACUUCUUGGGGCUCGCCUCAAGGAACUGGAGCAAGAAGCCCAUUUUGUUGCAGGAGAGCAGUUUCUUAUAAUGAGUAAUAAUCAGCUUCGUGAGAUCCUCUUUGGGAAGUUAAAGCUACACCUGUUGAGUCAGAAGCAUCUUCCCAGAACAGGGCUGCAGCAGUACCCAUCCACAUCAGAGACCGUGUUAAAUUCCCUGCGAGACCUUCAUCCAUUACCCAAGAUAAUUUCGGAAUAUAGACAGGUUCACAAGAUCAAAUCAACCUUUGUAGACGGAUUACUAGCCUAUAUGGAAAAGGACUCCAUUUCUUCAACAUGGAAUCAGACUGGAACUGUGACCGGAAGACUUUCAGCCAAGCAUCCUAAUAUCCAAGGUAUCUCUAAGCACCCAAUUCAGAUUACUAAACCUCAAAUUUUUAAAGGUAAAGAAGAGGAGACCCUCACCAUCUCCCCAAGGACCCUGUUUGUUUCCUCUGAAGGCCACACCUUUCUGGCAGCAGACUUUUCACAGAUCGAAUUGCGCAUUCUUGCACAUUUAUCUGGGGAUCCAGAACUUUUGAAGUUAUUCCAGGAAUCUGAAAGAGAUGAUGUAUUUUCUAUCCUGACUUCACAGUGGAAGGACAUCCCCAUGGAGCACGUGACACACGUGGACAGAGAGCAGACCAAGAAGGUGGUGUACUCGAUUGUCUAUGGAGCAGGGAAGGAGCGACUUGCAGCUUGCCUUGGAGUUACUGUUCAGGAAGCCACCUGCUUUUUGGAGAGUUUUUUGCAGAAGUACAAGAAAAUCAAGGACUUUGCCAAAGCAGCUAUUGCCCAGUGUCAACAUACAGGCUAUGUGACAUCCAUUAUGGGCAGGAGAAGGCCACUGCCUAAGAUCUGUGCACAGGACCAGCAGCUCCGGGCACAAGCAGAGCGACAGGCAGUGAACUUCAUGGUACAAGGCUCUGCUGCAGACCUCUGUAAGAUGGCCAUGAUCCGAAUCUUCACUGCAGUGGCCACUUCCCCGACCCUGACGGCCAGGUUGGUUGCCCAAAUCCACGAUGAGCUGCUAUUUGAAGUGGAGGAUACACAGAUUCAUGAGUUUGCAGCUCUUGUCAGGGUGACCAUGGAGUCCUUGCAGCAGAUUCAGACCCCAGAGCUACAGCUGCAGGUGCCCCUAAAGGUGAGCCUAAGUGCCGGUUGCUCCUGGGGACACCUGGCUCCACUGAAGAAGGCCCUGGUCCUGGGGUCCUGGGCCUGA